AUGAAGGACGACACCAAGAUUGUCGAUAAAGAAGAGGACCCUCAUCCAGAAACGGCAGCAUCCGGUGGCGACGCAGCUCUUGCCAAUGCACCUUGGCAAUUUAAACUAAUCGCUCUCGCUACUGCCCUUCUGCUGCCAGUUGGUUCUCAUUUUUCCAGCAGCGCUCUUAGCGCCAUGAAAAAACCGCUGAAGGCGAAUCUUCACAUUGACAAUACGCGAUAUGGUGUUCUUUCAUCGUCAGUGUCCAUUAUCAAUACCCUUUUCCCCAUUGCCGGUGGUAUUUUCAUUGAUAUGUUUGGCUCCAUCUGGGGUACCAUGGUGGUGAAUCUUUUGGUCAUCGUUGGCAGUCUGCUUACUGCUAUCGCCGCCAAAUAUACAUCAUUUCCUUUGAUGGUGGUGGGCAGAGUCAUUUUCGGUAUUGGCUCAGGUUUAAUUGUCACGAUGCAAGAAUCGCUCCUUUCCAAAUGGUUCCGUACCCAACAUUUAUCUAUCGCUAUUGGUCUGCAGCUUUCCAUCAGUCGUCUUGCUACGUUUUUGGGUACCUUGGUGGCCAAUCCUAUUGCGGAAGCUACCGAUGAUUGGGUUUGGGCAUUCUGGCUGUCGUUUAUCAUUUGCUGUUUCUCCAUUUUGAUGAACUUCGUCUAUGCUGGAACCGUCAAGUAUCUCCGUGGUACCGCCGUAGUCAACAAGGAAGAAAUCUUGCAAAUCAAGAAGAAGAAAUCGUUCCAUUGGCGUUCGAUUUUGCGUUUUCCCGCUAUCUACUGGCACAUUAUUCUUAUUGAAUUUUUGUAUGCUGCUGUUUGGUCCUCUUUCCAGACCAUCAGUACUGAAUUCAUCGAAGUUCAUUUUGGUACCACUAAUGUCUUGGCUGGUUACAAGGCGAGUGCUUCCCAGGUCGUUCCCAUUGUCGCUACGCCGAUUCUCGGUAUCAUCAUGGAUAUGUUCGGUUUCCGUAUCGUUAUUUUGUUGAUUUCUGCUCUUUUCCUCAUUCUCAGCUGUGUCCUUCUCGGAUGGACUUAUGUCAAUGCCGUCGUCGGCAUGGUUUUCUACAGUAUUUCAUUGGCCUUUGGUCCGAUUGCUAUGAUCACUUCCAUCGGUAUGAUUUUGCCUGCGGACUACAUCGGUACUGGUCUUGGUCUCUAUAAAUCUUCCAAUAAUAUCGGUACCACUAUUCUCGAUAUUGCUGUUGGUGUCGUGCAAGAUAAAACGGCCAAGCAGGCUUAUACUGGUGUCAUGGUCGUAUUCUUGGUAUUGGCUUGUGUCGGUUUCGGUAUUAUUUCUCUGCUUUGGUUAGCCCAGCGCAUCUACUUGAAGAACCUUCUCGAAAUGGGACGUGCCAAACGUACACUUCGAAUGAAGGAGACCAACGAUCACGAAGUGCAACUCGCCAACCAAGGUCUAGAUACCAUGUCCGAUAAACGUAUUCACCUUUACAACUACGUUUUUGCCGGCAUCUUUAUCGUCUGUCUUCUCGUCGCCUGGGUGCUCUUCUUUGUGUACGCUGCCACUGGACAGGAGACAACGUAA